UGCAAAACAAUUGAUUGAAUAAUCCCUUGCGGAACUUGAUAUUAGAAGCGUGGAAUAAUAGUCGUUGUGGCGAAUCGAAUUUAAAAUCAAAUUCGAUUUAAAAAAAAACAUAUUGUGUGAAGUUUUCUGUUUUGUAAAAUGAGCUACAAUUUUGUGAUUUGAAUUUCGAAUGUGGUGAUGUAAAAUUAUCGUGAUUUUUUUUUGCCAGUGGCAACUUACAACUUACAAUUUUUUGGAAAGACAAUUAAAGCAUAUUGAAACAGAAAAAUUGUAAAUUUUUACUACAAACUUAGAUGAAAAUCAUAUUGAUGUGACAAAAAGAAACGAUAACGAUAGAUAAUUUUAGCUACAUACAGUUUAUGAAAAAUAUUUCAGUAAUCUGCAGUUCAAGACGACAGGCAAGAAGAAAUAUUAACAAUUUAAAGUUUAUUGUAAUUGCCAGUAAACAAAUAAUAAUAAACUCAAUAACACCGAAGGGCGAAGACUAGUCUUAUUUGUUCACAAGAUGGCAGUUUGGUUUUCACUUUCGCGCGCAGCGGUUGCGUACGAUGUCUCCCAAUUCUCAAUCGCCGAAUUCUGGAUUGGUGUUGUUUUAUUAGUAGUCGCGUGUGAAAUGCACAUUUUAUACUUUAAUAUACUGAAUAGUGUUAAUAUAUAGCUGUUCUUGUGUAUAGUGUGAAAAUGUAAAUAUUAUUGUGAAAUAAAAAUAUACUCGUGAUUCAAAAUGCAACAAAAUCGACCUCUAUUCGGUUCCCAUUCCGACACUUCGGCCAUAAAUGUCAAGCAUUUGGUAACAGAUCUCUUCAGCCAGAUGCGAGACCCUGCAUCUGGUACCUCAAGCCCCAAGGGAUCCUCGGGGUAUGUGAACGUGAUGAGGAAUGUGGGUUUCCAGCAGCAGAAUGGAGCUGAGCAUCUGCCUUGGACCAGUCCGGCGAUAUCAUUGGUGGGGAACUGCAACCCCAACUUGACGGGUGAACAGAGUUCCCUAGUGCGCAGUGUAAGCAAUGCAUCAGCCUUGACCUCGUUGAGCGCCGGUCUUAGUCCGUCGGAGUCACAUUUUUUUGAAGUGCUGUACAUCGGAAAAGUGCGGAUUUCUCAGCGUAAAGUCCCAGAAUCCCUGAUAGACGAUGCCUUGAACAAGUUUGCUCAACACGAGGCGGAAAAAGUCCGCUCACAAAGACGCCACAGUCUUUUGUCAUCUACAGGGACUUCCAUUAGCUCCAAUUCUAUUGAUAGCUUAAAAGAAUCAACGAAAUCUCACGAAAACUUCCAAAAAUCACUAAUACCAAGCACUACGCCAUUAGAACCUGACAAAACUACAGCAUGGAAAAGUGUCGAAGCCUUACAUAAGAAUAGUACACAAGUAGAUAAGGAAUUUGAUGAGUUUACGAAAGAAAGGGUAGUUAAGAAUGAUUUUGUGACCAAAAAUAAUUUAUGUACCCUGAAAGAGGUCGAGGAAAGAAACGAUUUAGAAGGAUCGAAAGUUAAACUUGAUCCGUUAAAUGUUCUUGGAUCUGAUGAUUCUAAAAUAGAAGAUGAAUUUAAGUUAUUAGAAAAAAAUAAAAAGCUUAAUGAGUUAAAAAUAACAGAAGAUGAAAGCGUAGAUAAAAUAAGUUCUAAACAGCCCGAUUUAAAUCAGAUUGAUGAGACAAAAUCAGUGGAUAGUGAAGAAAGUAAUGAGCAAACGGAUGAUAUUGUGUUUAACGAGUUACAUAGGAUAAAUAAUGGACGAAAGCAAAACCUGCCGGAAAAUAAACCGUUUUUGAGAGAUCGAUCGGCGUCAAUUGGAACUUUGAAUUUGAAAACGCCGCUUGCACAGUUGAUUGGGGAACAGAAUAGAACUAUGUUGUUCCAGGUUGGUCGUUCGGAGCUGCGUCUCAUAAGUCCAGAUCGCAAGCAGAUCCUACUCCAUCGGAGCUUCAACGAUGUCGCCAGCUGUGUUCUGGGCAGAGUCAACAAGGAGCAUUUCGGAUUCGUGUGCCGGGAGACCAAUGACAGUUACGCAUGCUAUGUCUUUAAAUGCGAAAGUGAUUCUGUGGCCAGUGAAGUUGUUUGUGCUAUUCGACAAGCUUUUGUUUCAAAUGCGGAGGUGUUGAAGAAGUCUCGCGAGAAAUCUCCGAAUAUGACGUGCGAACAUUGCCCUAUGUUGUGGUACCACAGACUCUGUCACGAUAUUGAAGGCAUGAAUGACAAUAAAACGCACGCGUUCAUCCUUCGUCGCAUCGAAACCUUGCCCGAUGAUGAACAGGAUCUUAUCAUAACCAAGUAUCAGGGCGGUACCAACCACAUGUUCGAGGUGACCGAACACAAUGCGUUCCUCAUGAUGCUGCUUCGUGCCAACUGCGAAGCGAAACAACAGCGGCAUGUACAUGAUACUGCAGAAAACAGGUCAGAGUUUCUCAACCAGUACCUAGGGGGCAGCACAAUAUUCAUGAAAGCGAAGCGCUCCUUAUCAAGCGGCUUCGACCACCUGCUGAAGAGGAGACAGGGGAAAGAAGAUACACCUAUAGUUAAGAAGGAACCAUCACCACGGCCUCCUCCAUUGAACCUCGAUACUUCAUCGGUGACCUCUUCUGCUGAUUGUUUGUCGCCAGACAACUUGAGGUCAAAGUCAGUUUCCCCGGCGGUAGUACAACCAGAACAAACUUUUCCUAAAACUCCGCCUGUUGUCGAAGAGCCUGAUGUUUCCAAAGAAACCACACCGACUGUCAAUUCAACUAUGAUGGAUAUCUUCCUGAAGGUGAGUGAUUCACGGCCGAGCGCCUCGGAGUCCAACGCCGCCGAUACAACAUGGCGGCAAGCCAUUUACGAAAAAGUGGUUCAACAUGAUAUUGAAGGUGAAACAACAAACACACUGUUGGGUCGCCCUGUGCCCGCCAGUGGAAAACGAACGAAGGAACAAUUGAGACAUCUGUGGAAGAUGGCGAUUGACCAAACUGUGCUUCUAGUUCGAAUGGAGAAAGAGAAUAAUCGACUGAAAGAAAGCGCUGAAUCAUCAGCUGUGCGUCGGAUAAAGCUGGAGUAUACUGAACUUUGUACUUGUGAGCCUGGCGUGGGGUUAAUGUGGGAUUCCCUUCUCGCCAGGGACACCUCGCACCCGCUCGCGAAGGUCGACCGACACAUGUUGACACAAGCUGUGCGACAAGGCGUGCCACGAAUGAUACGAGGGCUGGUCUGGUAUUUCCUCGCUGAGCAGGCCUGUCUCCGCAUUCCCCCUCCGGACAUCAAAAUGUUUCCCAAUCACAACACUCCAUACAGGACUUUACUAUCGGGCCUGACAAAGCACCAACACGCUAUCAUUAUAGAUCUUGGUCGUACAUUCCCUAAGCACUCGUACUUUCAGUCAUCAUUAGGCCCGGGACAACUGGCCUUAUACAACAUCUUGAAAGCAUACUCCCUACUGGACCCCGAAGUGGGCUACUGUCAAGGUCUGAGCUUCGUCGCCGGAGUAUUGUUACUGCACAUGGAAGAAUCGGAAGCAUUCACGUUGUUAAGACAUCUCAUGUUCCGACGUGGACUAAGGAAACAGUACCUGCCCGAUAUGAGUGCCUUGCAAGUUCAGCUGUACCAACUGUCCCGUCUUCUCCGAGACCACGAGCCUCUUCUCCACGCGAAGCUGGAGUCCCUCGACAUAUCACCAGCUCUGUACGCAGCGCCCUGGAUGCUGACACUCUUCACCAGCCAGUUUCCUCUGGGCUUCGUGGUCAGAGUUUUUGAUCUAAUAUUCCUUGAAUCGUUGGACGUGAUGUUUUCCGUCUCGCUCGCACUGCUCUCAACUCACAAGGACGGACUGAUGCUGUGCGAGAGUUGCGAAGAAGCCGCUGAAUACCUGAAACACAAACUGCCUGACAUAAGCGUUACGAUCUACAAUAAAGUUAUGAAAAUGGUUCAAAAGCUGGAUAUAUCACGACAACUGACCGAAUAUGCUGUGGAAUAUGCUGUGCUUCGUGAAGAGAUGCCAAGAAUGAGUUUGUUGGCGGACAGGAAUAAAGAGCUCGUGGCUCAUGUAGCUGAUAUGAGCGGGGAACUUGAUACUGCAAUGGAUUCUCUCACCAACUACCAAAAGUCACAAUCACGCCUCGAAUCUCAGAACAAAGUAAUGGAACAGCAUCUCAACAUACUGAGCCGGUAUAUAUCUAAAAUCGACGCGCCACCUGAAAUCAAGAAAAUUGUUCAAGUGUACAAUAAAAGACAAUCAUUCGGCUCCAAAAUCGCUUCGAAGUUUUCAUACAACGAUGAAGAGGGAAAGCAAAAGAGUGCUCCAAAUCUCUUCUCUAAAAUUAGCAGAGAAGAUGUCCUAAACGCUGUUAACAGGAAUGAAGACAGGAAACAAAUGCUGAUUAAGUCCCAGUCGAUACACUCAGGGUUGAUCGCACAAAAUUACCAGAAAACAGAAAACUCCCGAAAGCACAGCCUGACUUUAGACACAUUGGGGAUAAAAGACAUCGGCAGAAAGAAUUCAGGGUUUUUCGCGAACACGCACGAGCAAAUUCGGCAGGAGCGGCUCUUUGAGCAGCAGUUGAAGCAUGAUUUUGACGAAAACCUGAAGAAGUCUGAGCAAUCGGAUAGUGGGUUUGUGACGCCCAUCAGUCCGGAUAAGGAAAAGCCGAUCAUCUCCCAUCCGUUGAGUGAUUGUGAUGUGGACAUUAAGUUUGAUGGGCAGUUGACAAAACUCAAGCAAAUACGGCCCCUACGGCAUUAGCUUAAGUGAUACUGCCAUGAGAAGAUUACUUAGAAGCUGAUAUAUAGCGGGAAUGUUCUCCCAUCGAAUCAUAAGGCAUAUGCGAUAUCCUUAUAUAUACCCUUAGGAUAGAAUAUUCAGUAUACAUUGGUUAACAAACUGAAAAACAAUAGAAUAAUUUUAAGUCAAAAGAGAUCAAAUUGGUAUAGUGAUCAUCGCAGUCCGACUCACAAAACCAGAGGAACCACAGGGCGAUAACUGUCUUACAGGUGAACGUAUGGUUUUAUCAUACCCGUGUUACAUAAUUUGUCCUGGUUCCAAAAAAAAUACAUGGUAACAUAGACCCAGCAUAGUUUACUUUAAACAUGUUCUAUAAUGGGCGUCCAUUUUAUAUAAGGUUUAAAGGGGCGAGCGGGUCGAACUAAACCUAGAGGGAAAGACCUUAUUAGUCCUACAUUAAAAUAAUUAUGCAAUAUAUCCAAAGAACGUCUUUGGAGCAAUAAAGUCGUCGAAUGGUGACCACUACUGGAAGACGCAGUGUUGGUAGGCUAGUAGUGUAGUAGAUCGCCAAAAUAAGUUGGAUCAGGGCACAGAUAACAUUAAAACAUUCAUUCAAAUUAACACCUUAUUUCGUGGCUGUAAUGUUCAAUGUAUAUUGCAUUCUAUCAUUAGAAGUAGUAACACUACGUCACGUGCGAGGUGAGACAAGAACAAUUUGUUUUUGCAAUUGAAAUGUAAUUAUUUAGCAAAUUGACUUACCUGAAAUACGACAUCAAAUUCUUUUUAAUCUGGAUAUGCUGUUAUUUGAACAGUUUUUCACUGAAUACUUUGUCAUUGCGUGGCGUUGUAUUCAAAGCGCGGUCGAAACACAACUGAGCGAAAACUCUGCGUAUUAGAUGCGUAGGCUGAGAUUUGUUUGUAAAUGCUGAUUUAAUUUUGAUGACAUUUCAAUAUGACAUUGAAACAUUUUUUAUUAAAUUAAUGCAAAGUGUUCUUCAUAUAAGUGUUAAAUAUUUAAAAUAAGUAAAAUAUAUUCUAGUUUUUAUUAGUAUAAUUUCAAAAAAUAUUAUUUACAGUACUGAUAAAAAUUGUGCUAUUUAUGAAGAUAUUCAGAGAUUAUAAAUGACUUCCCUAACAUUUAAUAAGCCUUUACUAAAAUUGGACUAUUUAAGAUGGAUAAGACAAAUGAUAUUCUAAAUUUAAAGAAGCAGAUAAGUAUUAGAUGCAAUUACUAAUUAGGAUGCAUUUUGGCAUAGUGCUGUCUCCUUUCUUCGUAUUGUUUUUGAUCACACCAUCCUUUUCACAUUUUUCGAAUGCGCAAAUUUGCUUCGUGGUUAACUUUUCUUAAUAGUUUUAUGAGGACAUAAUACGUCCAUUACGUCAGACCAUAUAUUUAACUAAUACAAUAAAAUAUAUGGAAUUUUUGAUGUUUUGAUUUUUAUUUAUUACUAGCUGACCCAGCAAACGUUGUUUUGCCAUAUAAAUUAUUUUUAGAGUUAGACCGUUUCUUGGACUUUGCAACAUUAUUUUAUUAUUCUAAAAUUGAAGAUUUUUUUCUAAAAUACACAUAGCCUAAGUCAUUCCUUAUUACAUCAGCUACCUGCCAAUAAAAGUCCCGUCAAAAUAGGUCCAGCCAUUUCAGAGAUUAGCCGGAACAAACAGACAGACAGACAAAAAUAAAAAAAAAAUAUUUUGGUGUAUGUACCGUAUAUAUAUAUAUAUAUUCAUAAAGUAAAAACGGUUAUUUCAAUAUUACAAACAGACACUCCAAUUUUAUUUAUAUGUAUAGAUGUAUUUAGAUGAAUUAAAUGUUUCAUAUAUAUUUAUUGAAUGACAAUUUGAGUAAAUCUUGAGAACAAGUAUUUAUUCUGUAAUAUCUGCUAAGGAAGUAAUUUUUUAUCUUUAAAAGACCCAAUAGUCUAGUCUAUCUAUAUAAAUAUUUGCCUUGAUUGUAAAUUACGAGUAAUUAAAACUCUUGCCGGAGUAAAAUCAUAGAAAUAGUAUUAAUAACGAAAUUCAUUUACAUGGUAUUAAAUAGUUACUGUAGUAUGGUUGUAGAAUUAGUAUUAGAAGUAAAUAUAAUAUGGUCACCCUAAUGUUGUCAUUGAAAAUAAUAACACCAUAAUUUCAGACACUUCAUGUAAUAUAUAUAUUAGUUAUGAAACUUUACAUAACAGAAGAUUAUAGCUUAUUGCUAUUAUAUUAUUAUAAAUAUAAUUAUAAACGGUAUUAUAAUCAUAUUAUUAAUAAUUAUAAUUAAUGCCAAUAUAACGGCGAAUAAUUCAAAUAAGCUAUUAUUUGAAUUAUUCGCGUUGAUUGGAAAGGUUCCCUGGUUCGAUUGCCGUUUCUUGAUUUUAAUUUAAUAUAUUUUGUUAGACAUGUGGUAUAUGUAGGCUGGCUGGAUUGAAUAUUAUAAUAUAGGCGACGGCCUAAACGACCGAUGCUAGUCCAGCCUAAACUAUAUUAUAUAUGUUCGACCUAUCAUUGUGAGAGAUAUAUUAUAUAUAGAUAUAUUAUAGAGAGUGUACAGGUAUUCUGUACACUUGAGAUCAAUCUUCUUAAAUCUUGAGAUAUCUUACAUGCUUUAAUGUAGGUCGUGAGAAGAUGUGUUGAAUAAGAUCAAAGUAAGGCGUAGAACAUUUAUAUUGAGAUUGAAAAUGGAGAGAAUGAACCGGUUGAAUCUUUACGCUUUUUUACUAUCUUAUAUUGCGAUUCUUCGUAAAUAAUAUACCAUUAAUAUUGAAGAAAUUGGAUCUUAAGGACACGAAUCACUUACACCUUUGUGUUGGUACUAUUUAUUACAUUGACUAUCCACUUAUUUCUUUCUCCAUUUAUUCAUGUCAUAUAAGAUACUUUAAAAAUGAUGUGGAAUUUUUACUCUAAUAAUAUAAAAAGGCGUAGGUACGUCAAUGUCAGGAAAUGUGCUAUCUUGAUAUUAGGUUGUGAUCCGUAUUUUUUGUAAAUUAUGGUCACCCUAACUUCGUUACGUGACACAUUUACUAUCUAAAUAUCAUGUUGAACUAUACCCAACCAUAGUCUUCGCUACCUUUUUAAGAGUUAGUUAUUACGUACCAAUAAGUUAUUUAUAAGCCAUUAGUUAGCCUAUGUUUAUUAAAACCAGGGUAUACAAUGACUUUGGUCGUAUUUAUGUAUGGUCAAUAAAUUAUAAUCACAAAGCAGUAAGCACUUAUACUUGCUAAAAUUGCAUAAAUAUGCUUCGUUAAAUAGGGUACAAAUUAGUAUUGUAGAUGUUUAAGUUGUUUUUAUAUAUACCUACUUACCUAAUUAUUAAUAAAAAAUAUUAAACUUAGGGAUCACUUUUAAAUACAUUAUUCAAAUUAUGCCAUCAUUUGUUUUGACGAUUUUUACCGUUAAAUUACUAAACCCAAUAUUUAAUGUUAAAAUUUGAGUAGCCAUACUUUUACUGUUUUGAACCAAAUUUUAAUUUUUUAUCGAUUGUUAUUGCCAAAGUUUAUUACUUAUUGGAUAAUUAUUAUGCAACACUUACUACUUCUCCAAGAUUUUGCGCUCUUGUUAUUUUUACAUGGUAUUUGGUAAUAGUUUCGGUUAAGCCACACUUUAAAUGUAUGAUCAAAAUUUAUUAUUGUAUUCAUUAAAAACAUUGGAAAAGUAGAAAUUAUGAAAAUACCCAAGUGGAGGGACUAUUUACCUUUGGACUGGCGGCUGUCAAAGUGCUUUUGUGCCUGUUUGAUAUUCGCCAUUUUGGCGCUGUUUGCCAUGUAGCGAGAGUCUGCGGCACUAAAACUAGUGAUGACAACCUCAGCAAACAUCGAUAGAUGGUGGGAAACUAUUAAUAAAAAAAAAGUGAACUUUAUUACCUACGUUGAUUCCUGAAGUUUAAAUAACAAGGAAAACGAACGAAAUUAAUUCAGAAUGCAAAAAUAUUUCAGAGUACUGUACGCUUCUGUCGCUGCCAUUUGUAUUAUACGUCAAAAUUAGUUCUCUGGACCCUCGCAAGUGGCGCUUCAAAUAGGCACAAAAAAAUUGCUGUGAAACAUAUGGAACAGCCUGUCCAGUGGUGUUUAUACAGGUCAGUGGAAAAAACGUGGCGAAAACAAUGUAGCAUCUCUGAUAUAUGAAAACCUUCGAUUUGUGAACUUGCCUUACGAUUGCAGACUUAAAAUAGUUCAAUAAAGAUCUUAUGGAUGUAAUACUUAAUUUUAUAUUAGUCAGUUUGUAAAUUGUAAUUGUAGUAUUAAUUUGGUUCUGAGUGAUUUUAUAAAUGUGAUAAGUUACCAACUAAAGUGUUGAAAUAAAAAUAUAGUUGAAAGGU